CGCUAAAUAUGUCCAACGAUGUUGCGGGUGCCACGUUCAUGGCGGCGGCCACCUCCGCGCCGGAGCUGUUCGUCAACGUGAUAGGCACGUUCAUCACGGAGGGUGACAUCGGCGUCGGUACCAUCGUGGGCUCGGCCGUCUUCAAUAUCCUGGCGGUGGCCGCCUGCUGUGGAAUCGGUGCUGGAAUGGUGGUGCCGCUCGAUUGGUGGCCCCUGACGAGGGACUGCCUGGCGUAUGGUAUAACGGUCGCUAUUCUGAUCUGCAUUAUCCAUGACGAGCGGGUCGAAUGGUACGAGGCGCUCAUCCUAGUGCUGCUCUACAUCGUCUACAUUGCUGUAAUGUACUACGACAAGUCGUUCCAAAAGUGUGCUAGAGGUGGUUUGAAGCACGCCCGAAAACGAAGAUCGCACGAUACCUCCAGCAGCCUCAAGUCGGAAUCCAACCGGACACCAGAAGCAAUUGAGGCGCACACACCGCUGCGCAUCGGACACUUCCAGCAGAACGGCAACUUGAAGAAUGUGGCCCACAUCGAUGCACCGUCGGUCGGCGGUGGGGAAUUGACGUCAUCGCCGACGGUGGACGUGGAGAUGCAAAUUAAGCCAUCGAGCGAAUUGCCACCAGCGAGCGCCGGCGAGUCGAGGGAGACGGAUGUCGGUGCGUCCAUCGAUCGGCCGGCCGGUGGCAAUGGGGCGGCCGACGAGAGUGUCCCCGAGCGCCCCCCGCCACCACCCAGUCCGGUAACGCCGCCAGCGCGCGAAGAAAACGGACCGCGGCCAACGAAUGGCAAGGAGAAGAGCCGCAACGGAGCAGCGAACGCGGGUGAGGUGGAGGUGGAAAAUGGAACUGGAAACGCCGGGCCGGCGGCGGAGGCGGUUGUUCGCGCGCUCGAAGCCGGUACGGGAGUCGAUGGAACGGGAAGCGGGAACGACGGUCCUCAGGAGGAUGAUGACGGGGCGGAGGACGAUGAGGACGAGUUCAAGCUGCUGAAGUAUCCGCUCGGUAAGAGCGCGUUCCGGCAGUUCUCGUGGAUUAUCACGUGGCCAAUCCAUCUGCUGUUCAUGUUCACCAUACCUAAUUGUGAGAAGCCCCGGUUCCGGAAUUGGUUUCCGCUCACGUUCAUCAUGUGUAUCGUGUGGAUCGGUUCGCUGUCGUACGUCGUUGCCUGGAUGAUCACGAUCAUAGGUGACACGCUGAAGAUACCGGACUCCGUAAUGGGCAUCACGUUUUUGGCGGCGGGAACCAGCGUGCCGGAAGCCGUCUCCAGUGUGAUAGUGGCUAAGCAAGGACACGGUUCGAUGGGCAUCAGCAACUCGAUCGGGUCGAACACGUUCGAUAUUCUGCUCUGCCUUGGGCUGCCCUGGUUUAUCAAGGCUGCCUUCUCCCCGAUCGAACCGGGCCACCAUUGGGUUGGCAUCAACUCGGCCGGGUUGGAGUACUCGGCCAUCUCGCUGCUGUCGACACUGCUGAUGCUGUACAUUGCGUUCUCGCUGAACAAGUUCAAGCUCGACCGGCGGGUUGGUAACGCCUGCCUGAUCAUGUAUGCCGUGUUCCUCAUCCUGGCCAGCCUGAUCGAGCUGAAUGUGUUCUUCCGCGUGAAUCUACCAACCUGCGGGCGGUGAGCCGGCGUCGCUGUCGAUGCUCGUGCACGAACGGAGCAUUCCCUCUCUUUACAUGUCGACCAAACGAUCAUGCACCUCAAUGAAGAAACCUUUUACCGACGUUGUAGUAAAACAAACUAAUCCUGAUAGAACAGGAACAGUCAGAAAAUCGCACCAUCCGUAGGUUCUGUAAUCUCCUCUUCUACUACUACAGAUGUUGAGCCCUCAAAGAGCCAAAAGGAUAUGCCAAAGGCAUAGUAAAAUAGUCUGUUUUGAUAUUCGUAAAAGUAAACAGAACUCUAGCACCCUGUUCUGAAACGACACUGAAUUUACAUUCUCUACUCUGUAGCUCUCUAACGCACCGCAGAAUCUCUAUCGCUUACAGUACUGUUUUCUUUACCACUGCUUUUAUGUACACACAUUCCACUUUUAUUUCGCGUUUUAUUUGUGCCAAACGUUGGCUAGCCAUGCGGUUUGCGCUAGAAAUCGCCCUGGUUGAAAAAACGAGUCAUUUGAACUUCAUCAUUUUGUUGUACGAUAGAACAACUUAAUCGAAGAGUCACCGUGACUGGCAUCACUUGUUGUUAGUUGUUAGUGAGGUACGUUCGGAGAAAUGAUGCAGGAAAGAAAAAAAAACAAAGAUAUCUGUAAAACCUAGAUGAUAAACAUAAUAAAUGAAAAAUGUAAAAGAAAGCGAUGCAGAGCAUUCGUCUAGUUGUGCAACACAGGGCAAAUUUAACGAAUCAUCAUCCAUCAUGCCGAACCAUCAUUCCUUAACAUAGAAAAACAUAACAUAAUCAAAAACAAGUAAUCAGUGCAUGAAAUAAUGAGAUCUUUAACAAAUAAUGAAGAAAUGUGGCCU